CUCUGAUAUCACUGGAAGUGAGUCCUGCCGCAAGUGAAAAUGAAACUAAACUGAUCUGAAAACCGCUCAACUAAGGAAACAAGCAAAAGAUUGAUUGAUUGAUUGGUAAUCUAAGACCACAGCUAAUACUUAAUUCAGGUUUCAAGAGGACUCGAUGAACAAAGAAUGAUGGCAGAAUCUUCAACAUCAGCAAAACAAUCUAUGUCAGAGGAGCUCAAGUGCUCGAUCUGUCUGGAUGUGUUCACUGAUCCAGUCAGCACUCCAUGUGGACACAACUUCUGUAAGAGCUGCCUGAACCGGUGCUGGAACAACAGUCAGACCUACAACUGUCCAUUCUGUAAAGAAACAUUCAAUAAAAGACCCGACCUCAAGAUCAACGCAGGACUCAGACAGGUUGUGCAGCUCUUUAAGGAACAGCUUUGUGAGACAAAAUCUGAAGUUCUCUGUGACAUCUGUGAAGAUAAACAGAUGAAAGCGCUGAAGAUGUGCCUGGUCUGUCAAAGCUCGUACUGUCAAACUCACUUGAAGCCUCAUUACAGAGUUGAAAAGUUAAAGAAACACAAACUAAUCGAUCCUGUGGUGAAUCUUGAGACAUAUGUCUGUCAGAAGCAUGACAAACCUCUGGAGCUGUUCUGUACAGAUGAUCAGACAUGUGUGUGUUUGCUUUGUGCUGUAACAAACCACAGGAAUCACAACACUGUUUCUGUAGAGGAGGAGAGCUGCGCAAGGAAGCCUCAGCUGUUGAAGAUGCAGUCAGAUGUGCAGCAGACGAUCCAGGACAAAAUUAAGAGAAUUCAUGAACUCAAACACUCAGCAGAAAUCAGAAAAAAAACAUCAGAGAAAGAGAAAGCAGACAGUAUUGAGCUCUUCACCGAUCUGAUUCGCUCCAUUGAGAGAUGUCAGUCUGAGCUGCUGGAGAUGAUGGAGCAGAAGCAGAAAGCAGCAGAGAAGCAGACUGAUGAGCUGAUUAAAAAGCUGGAGAAGGAGAUCACUGAGCUUAAGAAGAGAGACACUGAGCUGGAGCAGCUCUCACACACUGAGGAUCACCUGCACCUCCUACAGAUUUACCCAUCACUGAUCAUCCCUCUACCCACCACCAGCUGCACUGAGAUCAGUAUUAGUGACACUAAUGUGGGGCCUCUGAUUAGAUCUCUGACUCAGCUACAGAACACUCUUGAUGAGAAGCUCAGCAAAUCUGUUCUGAAGAGGAUGCAGCAACAUGCAGUGGAUGUGACUCUGGAUCCCAAUACAUGUUAUCCAAAACUCAUCCUGUCUGAUGAUGGAAAACAAGUAACAUAUGGAGACACUAAACGUGAACUCCCAGACAACCCAGAGCGGUUUGACAGUUGUUGUUCUGUCCUGGCAAAAGAGGGAUUCGCAUCAGGGAGGUUUUAUUUUGAGGUGCAGGUGAAAGAAAAGACUGAUUGGGAUUUAGGAAUAGCUAAAGAAUCCAUUACCAGAAAAGGUGUAAUCAAAGGGAGUCCUGAAAAUGGAUACUGGAUUAUAGUUCUGAGAAAUGGGAAUCAGUACAUGGCUCGUGAAUCUCCCUUUGUCUCUCUGUCUCUGAGAGCGAAGCCUCAGUUUGUAGGUGUGUUUGUGGAUUAUGAGGGGGGUCUGGUGUCCUUUUAUGAUGUGGAGUCCAGAUCUCUCAUUUAUUCUUUCACUGGUCAGACUUUCACUGGGAAACUCUUCCCAUACUUUAGUCCUGGUACUAAACAAGAAGGUAAAAAUGCAGCACCACUGAUCAUCCUAAAUGUGAGAAAAUAAUGUUUUAAUGCUGCAGUUGCAAUCAAACUUACUGACCGAGACAUUCUGCUGCUAUGAAUUAAAGUUUAUGAAAAACAUUAAACCACAGAAUUAAUAAUCUAUUAUAGAAAGUUUAUUAGUACAUCACUGAGUGAUUCUGAAGAUGUAAAGUAGAUAAAAAAAAAAAAUCAAAAUCAAAGUGGCUCUAAUCUUUCAUUAUUGAACCCCUAAAAGUCAUAUGUUGUAGAGUGUACUUUGAGAUGCCUUUGCGCUGAGGCUGGUAUUUUAGCGAGUUUGAAGAAAAAGUAUUUGAUGGACGUAUAAUAUGUGUCAAGAGCAUUCACUCAGUAUCAUUAUCUCAUUUUUGACCGAGAUGGCUUUUAGCUGGUUUUGCAUCUGAACUCUUCAUUUCCACUUCCUGAAGCAGCAAAUCACCUCCAUAAAAAGACUGGUCCACCUCCUUGUUUGACCAUGAGGAUGGUUUUCUUUUGCUCAUAUGCCUAGCUAUAUUUGGACCAGAUAUACCACUGAUCCAUGGUUCCUCAAAAAAACGGGUGUGUUCUCUAUGCUCUUUGAAACAUUCUUUCAGAACUUCACAGGUCUAUACAAAUUCAUUUUAGCAUAUUCAAAUCCAUCUUGUUCAGAAGUGGUGUUCGGCACAAUGUCACUACGUGAAGGCCAAGCUUGUUUAGCACUCUUCCAAUACUCUCUGCUGAAAUGUUGUUUCCACCUUUCACUAUGUUAUCUUGCAUUUCUUUGUCAGUAGGCAUUGCGGGUUUUCCCAGCUGAUCUGAUUAUACUAUUUCUUCUCUGUAGCUUUCCUGGGAGCUUUGAAUGGUAUUCAACUUGAGCACAUGCAUGGGCUAAAUGUAUGUAUGUGUAACAGCUUAAGCUAAUUAGGGGUCAAGCAAUAGGUGCUUAGGCACCUAUUGUAUCCAUUAGUUUUCCUCCUCAUUUUUUUUCAAGUCUGUGGCAGCCCUUAGAACCACUUGUGAAAAAGUUAUGAAAUUUGGCACACUGAUAGAUGACAGUCUCAAUAUUGACCAUAACAAAUUUGUAGUGCCACCGAAAGGCCAAAUUUUCAAUCAUUAUUGUGCUAAUAACUUUUGAACCGUAAUGUCUAGAAGCAAAAUUCUAUUUUCCUAUGAUUCCUUGGUGAAUGCAUGACAAAAUUUACAUUUAUACUGGUCAAGAUUUUUUACAGUUUUGAAUUACUUUUUUAAACUAGUUCUAGAUAGUUUGUUUGAUUUUUACCAAAACUGGCUCACAUCAUCUUCAGACAAUGCUGGCAAAAAGGUAUCAAAGAUUCAAACAGUUCUUGUAAUGCACGUUAACGCAUUUGUGCAAAAAUGUACAUGUGGCUAUAUAAUGCUUUAGCGGGUUCUGACUAAACUUGGUAAAUGUUAUACCAAGCAUGACAUGGGGGUACACAUCUACUGGCAAAAAGAUAUAUAUAUAAAAAAUUUUACAGACACUUUAACAUACUGUUAUGAAUCUUGUGAUUCUUAUAGAACCACUUACAGGAAAGUUAUGAAAUUUGGUAUACAGAUGGAGGACAGUCUCAUCAUUAACCACACCAGUGUAUUUACAUUUCUACAAGUUUAGAAUUUUCUGAAAAAUAUACUUUAAAAAAAAAAAAAAAAAAAAAAACUCAUACUAGAUGGUUUGUCCAAUUUUCACCAAAAUUGGUUCAGAUCAUCUUCAGAGCAUUCUGCCAAAAAGUUACAUUUUGAUAUGUUUUCAUGUAGUGCAUUAACAAAUUUGACAAAUUUUGUGAAAAAAUGGGCAAGACAUUAACGUGACAUUUGUUUGACAUUUAUGCGUGCCUAUACAUACACCUUUAUUCAUCUCAUUUAGUAUCUAUUUUAAAAAUCUGCUGUACCACUGUUACAAAUAAAAUUGUAUUUGAUAUAAUUUUGUUGAUUUUUUUUUUCAGUCCAUUUUCUU